GCGGGUGUUUUAUUGUGAAGGUGUCACCGGAAGCAGCCGUUAAAUGUCCGUUGGAGUAAAAACGGUUGUGUGAUGUUUGAUGGUGACUCUUGAACCAGCAUGAAGCUGAUUUCUGUCCUGUGUCUCUGUCUCCUGACUCUCUGUGGAAAAACGUCUGCUGAUGAAAACGGUGUGGUCAGAGUGGCGGUGCAAGAAGGAGGUGAUGUCGUUUUACCGUGUUCCCGCGGCAACAAGGAGAACGUUGAGAAAACGGUGUUUGACUGGAAGAAAGACGGUCUGGAGGUUUUCUUCUAUGAGGCAGGAAAACAUUACAACAACGGGCGAGAAGGUCAGAGCGAGCAGUUCAAAGGACGCGUUUCUCAUUUUCAGGAUGAACUGAAGCACGGAAACGCCUCCAUAAGAGUCCAGAAAACAAAGAUGGCCGACAGCGGAAACUACACCUGCACUUUCCCAAAGAAACAAACGUCCCACAUCACUCUGUUUGUCGGUGCAGCUUCAAAACCGUCCAUCACUACACUUGAAGACACAAAACACUGGACAAUGUUACAGUGUGAAGUUCAUGGAGCUUCUCCAGAACCUUCAGUGGAGUGGAGGGACGGUUCUGGAAACAAAGUUCCUGCUGAAGAACCACAGGUCUCAGAGAGAGGAGGUCGUUUCUACAUCACUCUCAACGCUACUGUGACUAAAACUGACAACUAUCACUGCGUGGUCACUCAGGAGACGAUCCACCAUCAGACUGAAGCUCAGACUCACGUUUAUAUUGGAGGUGCAGCUCCAGAUAUCGGAGACUCAAACACUGGAUGGAUCGUUGGUUUAGUUGUUCUUUCUUCAGUUCUUGGUGUUGUUGCUGUUGGUGUAAGCAUCAUUCUGGCUGUGGUUGUAGUCAGACAUAAGAACGACGACAAGAAGAGACGACCGCUGGACGACUGCAGUCAGUCAGAGAAGCUGCAGGAUCCAGAAACUCCACGUGAGCUGUGAACAACAUCUUUCCAUGGUUUCAGCUUUGACCGCAGCUCUUUGAAGCAGCUCGUCUUCUUCUGCAGCGACUGGAGAAUCGCCUCCAUCUGCCCUUUAUCUCCACACAUUCACACAACAGUGGUGGAGGGAAACGCUCCUUACUUUGCACUUUAUUUAGCUGCUUUUAAGGGUCAAUGGAUGAAAACUUGACUUUUCAGUGAUCAGAGAGUGAGGACGUUGUGAAGAACAAAACAAGACUUUUGUCUUCAGACGAGCUCCAACAACACGACGUAGAAACUAGUUUGUUUCAAACGUAACGCCUUUAAAAUGCUCCACAACAGUUCAACACUAACAGUCUGUUAACUGUCAUUUAUUGAUCAAACCUCACACUGUUUACAUUUAUCAUACUGGACUUUAUUUAUUCAUCAUUACAACAAGAGUAU